AUGGAUACCCCUGCGGUUGAACCGGGAGCUGGUGGCACUGGCUACACCAGUGAGAUACCCGAAGAUGCUGAGCCAAGAAUGGUCGAACACCAUGAAGACGAUGCACCGACAGCCAGCCAUGCUCUUGCUGACGAGAGCCUCAACGACGAGUCCACCGUCCAAGGAGCCAGUCAGGUCGAACACGACGAUGUCGAAGUCCGCAACCUUGGAUGGAACGAGGAGGCGCCACGUGUGCCUCGCCCUGUAGUUGGAGGAUUGACAAACGAGCAACUCUGGACGUUGAUCCGGCGCUUUGACAAGCAGGUGUUCCACGUCAAGAGUAUCGAUACGCCGCCGCUUGCCAACCUUGACAUGAACAUAGCCGAUGAGGAAGAGUUUUCGCCAGACAAGCUACGCGCAAACCUAGAGCGGUUGUACAUCACUGUUGUGGUGCCGGUGGUCUCGUUCUGGAAGCACAUCGCCCGACUCAGGUCCUGGAAAGAGUACCAGCGGACCUCCGCAUUCCUCGCCAUAUACACAGUCGCUUGGUUGCUGGACCUGCUUAUACCGACUUUGACAGCUUUCGCUCUCGUCCUAAUACUGUAUCCGAGCUCGCGAGAGACCUGCUUCCCGCCUGCACCACCAGCCCUCAUCGACUCCAAAACCGGCGGGGUUCAGAAGCCGAAGGCGGGUGUCUUGGCGACGGAUGACACCCUCACCGGAGCACCUGAGAAACACGAAGGAGAGGCGGUCGAACAGGAGGCUCACAGCUUCGUCAAUAGCAUCGCAACGGUUGCCAUUAGCACCUCCGCAGGCAAGCAUCCACAAGGAGAUCCCCAUGAUGACAGCACCGCGCCCGAUCCAUCGCAAAUCACCGAAGGUGUAUCUAGCGCGAAAGAAAAGAGCGACGGGAAAGAGCCCAGCACGGCACAUGACAAGACCAAGAAGCCAGUCUCGCACGCUGUCUGGAACAAAGCUCGCCCGACUAUGCAUCUCAUUGCCGAUUUUGUCGAUACUUGGGAGCGAUUUGGGAAUGCCCUCAGCCCAGUCCCCCCGUUUCCCAAGUUGCGCCCUCGAUUAAUUCUAGCAAGCUGCCUUGUCCCACUUCUACUGGGCUCCUACUUUAUAACGCCGUACAUGCUCCUCAAAGGCACUGGCUUCAUCUUCGGCUUCACCUUCUUUGGCGACCCUAUCUUGACGCCACUGCUUGACUUCGCCAACCGGACAUAUCCCCGAUGGCAAAAGUACGUCGAACUGCGCAACUCGGUUCUCAAAGGGGUGCCCACAAACGCGCAGCUUGCCGUCACGCUGCUACGAAUUGGAGAGAGGAACAAAGCACCCGUGCCUCCGCCGCCCUCGUCUGAUAUGCCGCCGCCUGCUGAGACAAAUAAGGAUGCCCUCCAGGAUCUGGACCACCUCGGUGCCACAGAUGAAGAGAUUGAAGGGGCCGCCGAGCCAAGCCAUGGCCUUGAGUAUGACAAUGAGGACGACAAAACAAAGCAAAAGCCGAAAAAAUCAAGGCGCAUUCUCAAUCUGCUCAAGGGGACGACGAAGGGUGGCGUUGAGACUGUUCUUACUGCGGACAAGGCUAAAGCUGCUGCUGGAGAGAAGCACGCGCGCGACCGACUCGGCGUCGUGAAGCAGCCACGUUCCCAAGCCGUUGCCGGCCCUGUAUCAUUCCCCGCCAGAUACGAGGGUCGCAAGGGUCACGCAUAUGUAACGGCAACGGCUACGGCGCCCGCGCUGAGCUGGACGUCGGAUCUUGAGGAUGUGAACCCGGCGUGGACCGUUGCAAUUGCGGAUAUCCAGGAGCUCAAUAAGGUGGGCGGCUUGGGUUGGAAGAGCAAAAUCGUCGUUGGUUGGGCAUUGGAGAAGGAGGUUGUGGACGGACUCGUAGUGCGGACGAAGACGGGGGAUGAAUUCCAUUUGACAGCCAUCACGGUUCGAGAUGAGCUUUUCAACAGGCUCAUUGCCAUGGGAAGUCAAAUGUGGGAGCUGUGGUAG